AUGAGGUUCAUAUUAGGAAAUCUAUGUGCCUACUUGUGUCUUACUUCCUUACUAUUGAAAUUUAAGUGUGUAAGAUCUGCAAAGUACACUAUUGAACCUGCUUUGGCUUUAUUACCCUGGACAUCAAAUAAUGUUUCAGAGAUUCGGAUUAGAGUUAGCGAAGGGUGUUUUGAGUGGAAAUAUGAUAUAACUGAAUAUUUAGAAGUUAGUAAUUAUGAAAUCCGCAUAGAUGAAAAUGGUAAGGAUUGUACAGAUGCUAUUUUUAUUAGAUCUUUAUGGCCUUUUAAAGAUAUUAAAGGUAUAUUUCCAAUUAUAGCUAUAGAAAAGUAUACAGGUGAAAUUUUGCGAAGUGAGGUUCAUGUUGCAAAUAUUGAGAGUAUUAAUAUAAGUACAAGCUCAAAGAGAAUAAGACUAGGUUUUUUAGAAAUGUUGAGUGCAGUGGGGUUUGAUAAUGAAGUUAAUACAUUCACUUCACUACAAGGAGUAAAUAUAGAAUGGAAGAUAAACAACGAGAAUAUUGUUGCUGAUUCUUUAGAGGGUCAAACAAUAACAGUUCAUGGCUCCAAAGUUGGAUCAAGUAUAGUUAGUGCAAUUGUAAUUGAUUCAAAUGGUUUGAAAAUUACAGAAACUAGUGUUGUUAUAUACGUGGAAGACCCAUUUAGGGUUAUUCCCUACUCUAGACAAGCUCCAUUCGGUUCUAUAUAUCCAAUAAAAUUAAUUAAGGAAGAUUUCAGUGAUUUGUUGCUUAAUAUAAACGAUAGAGAAUACUACAAAUGUUAUAUAUCUAGCGAACUAUCUUCAAAAAUUCCUAGUGAUACUAUUCUUGAUAAUAACUACUUACUUAUUGGGUAUCCUGAUCCAAAUGAAUCUUCUUUACCAACUAUUACAGUAUCAUGCGUAGAUAAAAGAGUUGAGGGUAGUUCAUCAAUAAGCAAAACAACAGUUUCGUAUCCAGCGAGUAUAAAGUUAGGCUUAUUAGAGUCUGAUACUAUAUCUAGAGAUGAGAAACUAAACAAAGACAACUUAGCUGACUUUAUAGAUUCGUAUUAUAUAAAGGGUGAAAGCUUAGUUAAGCAAACAGGAAUGUUCCAACAUGUACUUGCUAAGGAUGAGUUAGUUAUAACUAGGGAACAAGAUGCUGUCGUUCAAAUAAAACUUCUUAACAAGGCUGGUAAAUUCCUUUCAGUUCCUAAAAAUGCUGAAUUUAACAUUAUCUGUCUUAAGAGUUGUGAAAAUGUUAAUAUAAAACCUUAUAGUUUAGAUCAAAAUUAUUUGACAUCUUUCUUAUCUAUUCAGGGGAUAAAAGUUGGUACAAGUCUUUUCACUUUGAGUUUGGAAUCUAUAGGGUUGAUGAAAUAUGGUCAAGGGAAAGAUGAAUAUUUAACAUCUAUUAAUUACUCUUUCACUAUAAGUGUAAUUGAGCCUUUAAAAAUUACUAUCAAAGAUUUACCUGUAGUUUUACAUCCUGGUAACCAGACAUUUAUAUUACAUGAUAAAUUGACUGGGGGGACAGGAAACUUUCAUUUUUGUAAUCAAAAUAAUCAAAUCAUUAAUAUUGAUCCUUACAAUGGGAAUUUGGUAACUAGUGACGUUAAUGUAGGCUUUACAAUGAUAAAUAUUUUAGAUAUUGGUAUUUUAUUUCAAACUAAUCGAAAUUUUACUACUCAAGAUUUAUGUAAGGAUUUUCUAAAAUAUCAAAUACUUAAUCUGCCCAUAAUAGUAACUUUUUUGGAUAAAAUAUCAUUUGAUGCUAAUAGUUUAGAUACUAAUUCAGCUUAUAUACACAAUAAUACUUUAUAUAUUUCAUCAAUCCAUCCAGCUAUUACUUUAGAAAUUCAAGCAUUUGGAUCAGCAGAUGGAAUUGAUAUACCAAGAAAUCCUGAAUGGUCAAAUUUAGAAAGGCUCAAGUACACUGAAAUGAUAUCUAUGAGUAACCUUUCUGUUUUUAAUCCAUGUAAACUCUACUUUUUAUUAUCUAACAAGAGCUUGGUCGUUAAUUCAAAUGAAGAUAAUCAACUGGCUACCAACUUACAAGUUUGCAGAGACUUGUUAGCUGAAGGAAGUUGGCAAUUUACCUUUAGAACAAAUGAAACUUUGCAACCAGAAUUUGUGUCAUUAUAUUUUCAACAUAACAAACUAGUUGUACUACCCAAUUCUAGUGGUACAAUAUAUGUGCCAAAUAUUACUCAAAUAUAUAUCUUUGGACAAAUGCAAAAUCAAUACUAUGAAUUUCCUGCUUUAACAACUUCCCUUAAACUGGAAAUUUAUUCUGAGAUUAAUGUGAUACCACGUAUCUCACCAUUCCUUCAAUUUUAUAUAAACAACGGCUCAUAUAGAAUAGAAAGUCAAAGUUAUAUUGACGUCCAAUUAAAAGGAGGAAUAAGAAGUUCUAGUUCAGAAAUUCUAUAUUUAUUAGAGGCUCAGAUAUUAAAAUAUGGAGAAAUAAAGGAUAUUAAUUCAGAAAUUGUGAAAGUUGACAGGCUAUUAAGUGGAGAUGAUGUAUUUAGAAUUGGCUGUAAAUCUUUAGGUCAAACUGCUGUGAAGUUUUCCACUUCUAUUCUAGAUAAUGAUUUUAAAAUUGCAACUACUGAUACAAAAGUAUAUGUAGAGUGCUGUCAAAUUGAUAAACUCAAAAUUUUCUGGAUAUCAGAUGAUGAACUAGAAACUAGUAUCCCCUGCAAUUUGCAAUAUGAAGAUUGUCAUGACUUAUACAUAGAUUCUACAUCUAAACACAAGUUUGGAGUAUUUGCUUAUGAUUCUAAUAAAGAGGAUUACCCUUUAUUAUCAUUUAAUAAUUUUGCUGUAGAGUGGUAUUUUGAGGAUAUGAAGGAGAGUAAUGAACUCUCAUACAACUUUCUGGAUGACUAUAUUCAAAUAUGGGUAUUAUACAAUGAAUCAAUAUCCAAGUUUAAAGAUAUUUCACUUUUAGCUUCUAUCCACAGUUUAUCUGAGGAUUCAAAUAUAGCUUAUAAGUAUCUAGCUAAUAUAAAGGUUAUAUUAGUGCUUCCACCAAAACUUGUUUCACCAAACAUGAUUAUUGACGAUAAUCGGGAUAUUUAUAAAUAUAAUGAAUCUCCAAGUUGGAGCCUGUUAAGUGGUACUCACGAGUUGGGUAUAAUUUAUGGAUCUGGCAAAUUUAACAUUUCUCUUACACUAAUGAAUAACAAAAAUUAUCCUGAUAACUUUCUAAACCCCACUCUAAAUUACUAUCAAGAAAAAAAGGAAUCUAACUGGCAAUUUUUGGAUAUAUUUCCUUUUCACUUAAAUACCUCAUCUUUCUCUGGAACAUUCACUUUGACAGUUAUGGAUGAACUUACUCUCCCAAAAUAUACUAUAAAGAAACAAAUAUUUAUAGGGAAAGUAGCAAGAGCUGAACUUGUGUGGAUUGGACAAGUCAAUUUACUUGGUAAUAUAGAUUCUACAAAUAAGAUGACUGAUAUAUUGAAUGAAGAUGUUAGUCUGGAUGAAGAGUCAAACUAUAUGACUGAUCAAUUAUCAGCUAUAGAGUUUCAAAUUCCCUUUUCCUAUUAUAUUUACUUAAAAAACUUGAGACAGUAUUAUGAUCCUCCUUGCUUUGAAUUAAACUGCUUACUUUCGAAUAGUGCGAUGUCAUCAUUUAUGGUGAUUUUAUACGAUGAGAAUAACCGAGUUCUCGAACCCUGGCAAAGUGAUUUAAUUGAUGUUCAAAUAAAACAUCAAGAGAAACGAAUGAACAAUAUAUUGAAUUCUUUAGAUAUUCUUGAUAUCUUUCAACAUCCAGAAGAAGAUUUAAAUAUAGUAGUAAACCCUUUAAGAAAUUCAAAGGUUACCUACAUUAUGAAUAGUGUAAAGAAAUCAAAUAUAAUAUUGACUUUAGAGUUGAAUGUUAACUCAGUAAAAACGAAUGCAAUUAACCUAAUGGUAUAUCCAGAUGUUGAGGUCGAAUCUAAUUCUCAACAUAUUUCUUUAUUCCCUCAUGGUUCACCUUUUAGCUUAGCCGUUUCUGGAGGUCCUUGGAUAUCAGCAUUCAAUAAAUUCACCUUUACAUGGGAUGUAUCAUCUAGUAACCAAAAAGUUAUACUUGUGAGGAAAGCAAGUCAGAGAAUUAUAGAACCUCUUGGCGUAAUUGGCUAUUCAGUUAUUACCGUUAAACUCUUAGCUUCUGCAAAUUCAAUUACCUUCCAAAAUGUAGUUAUUUUUAAAAGGUCUAUCAAGGUCUUCGUUGAAUUUCCACAUAAGAUUGAUAUUUUGUCUCCAGACUAUUUCCAAGUUUAUGUAGGAUAUCCUAAACUUUAUACUCUUAUAGUAUGGACAAAGGAUGAAGAUUUACCACCUAUUCAUCCAAGUCAGCUUAUACCAUCACUCUUGACUUCAUGUAAAAUCGAUUGGAAUAUAUUGUCUAGUGAAUCUGAAUAUUCACACAAUUCAAAUAUAUCAUGUAUAUAUCCUUUAGACUCUAAUCAGGAUAUAAAAAGUCCAAAGUCUCUAAUAGAAGGAUAUCUUGAAUGUCCAAACUCACUGGACUCUUAUUAUGAAUUUAUUAUAUCUCUAGCAACUUAUAAAACUGGAAGUCUUACUCUGAAUGCUAAAGUUUCUUGUUCUUUUAACUCAAAUUCCACAUUUGAUCUUAGUGUUUCAAAGAAUAUUGAAAGCUUAAAACCAAUCGACUUUAUUUCGAAUAAUCUUUGGCUAAUUAGCGAUACAUUGUAUAAUCUCACCAUUCCAGCAGAUAUAGAAAUUACUUCUUAUGGAAAUACAUAUAUUAAAAUAACAGUAGAAGUUUCUCAGAUCAUUCAUAUUGAUACUAGUUCUAAGGUCAAUGAUAAUAUUGUUCUCAUAAUGGAAGACAAAAGAUUAAAAUCAAAGUUUAACAAAACAUUCCUUCCUAUUACUAUUUCAGAAGUUAAAAAUGUGAGGAUAUCUUUUCAAAUUGAUGAACAGAGAUAUUAUAUUAUUUCAAUUUUACCCCUAAAUUCAAUGGGAAUACCUCUUAAAGUUUCACAUCACUUUUGUCUGCAACUAUCAAUUAGGCUUCCAUUUGAGGAAGAUAUCAAAGGUUUACAACUAACUCAAGUAUAUACUUUGAAUAAUAAUAAAAUCAAUGAUAGGACUUUUCCAUCUCCAGAUUUACUUUUUGAAAUUGAAAACAGAAGUAAUCUAUACUCUUUCUGCGAAUUUAGAGUUGUGGCUAAAUCUCUCUCUUUAUAUAGAAGAAAUUCAAGUGUUAUCUCUUCACUAUCUGCGAAUUCUGCUUCAUUGUGUCUAACAAUAUCAAUCUACCGUGGACCUAUUUUUCUGGGAUCUCAACCAUUUUGUAAUUUUGAUGAUACUUUAAUACACGAACCAGUUGUUUUAUCAUAUCCUCCUGCAUUAUUACCUUCUAAUCAAAAAUACAAAAUAUAUGUACUUCCAGGUUCUAAAAUUCAUCUGAAUACUUUGGAAUGGGAAAUAAAGGGCAUAAUUCCUAGUAUACUUAGAUUUUAUACUUUAAUUAAUAAUAUAGAUCAGAUGGUAGAUAUAGAAUAUGCAGUUGAAACUGAAGUAGCAUCAAUAUUGGAUAUUCCGUUAGAUAAAGUAUCUGCAAAAUUAGUUAAAGAAAUUCCUCUUGAUUUGAAAGACAUGGAAUUUGUAAAUUCUUCAACUUCCUUUAUUUUUAUCACAAUUAAUGCUAGGGUAAGUCCUAUAAGGUUAUGGCAAGAUCUCAAUCUAAAAUCAAUAAACUUACUAACAAGACUUGGUAUUUAUUGGAUUAAUGACCAUGAUAACUCGAAAGAAUGGAGAAUUAUUUCAUUAAACUCUUCAUCUGAGUUUAUUAAGAUGAAUAUUCUAAAUAUACCAACUGGAGACUCUUAUAUUGGAACUUGUUUAGUAACAUCUUUGUCAAAUAUUGUUGAAUUUGAAAUCUGCAUCACUUCUUUUAAAAAUGCUAUGACAAAUUUAGUGUUGUCAAACUCAGGUUCUCUAUUUUUAGACAAUCCAUGGGCAUUUGAAAUUAUUCCUACUAUAAAAGAAACUAAAUCAGCAACAAAUUCUAAUAACUUUAGCUUUUCAUGGAAUCCCAUUUAUAGCAACUUAUUUUAUACCUCUCCUAUUUAUAAAUUCCAUUGUAACAUAGAUCAAGACUUUCUUAAUAGAUUUUAUACUACUGAGAGCUAUUGGAAAAUGCAUCAAAGUGCCUCUAAAAGUUACAUUAUAGUUCCUUCUUGUAGUUUAAUUCCAAAAAUACACAAUUCUAAAUACUCACCUAGUACUCUUGAAAAACUUACAUAUGGAACCAAGCCUCCUCAUAGAUUUGGAAUAUUAACAAACCUUUCCUCUGGAAUAUCAAUACUAGAGUUGUUAAUAACUGAUGAUACUAAAUUAUACAAGAAUAAAUAUACGAUUGGAUAUAUACCAUUCAAGGUUCAUCCUAUUAUUUUAGAAUCUCAAAGUUCAUCUUUCUUAACUGAAGAGAAUGUAUCAACAAAAUUUCUGUGGAACUCUAAUGGCUAUUUUAUUAGUAUCACAACACCUUAUUAUAUAACAAAAACUAUUAAACUACCAAUUGACUUGAAAUUUUGGUUUGGUAAUUCAGAUACAAGACUUUCAGCAACUUCUAUUAGAUCUUUAAAUCCAGAUAACUACCAAGUAUACUUUAGUACAAACAAGUAUCAAGGAGGCUUGGUACAAAUUAAACAAAAAGAUUUAAAUAAUAUUCCUAUUGCUAGUAAUGUACUUUUAUCUGGUCUCAAUAUUUCAAUGGAAUUUGUAGAUAAAUUUUUUAAACACGAAAUUGAGAUCAUUUUUACUCCUGAGGAAUCCAGAGAAAAGGAUCACUUGCUAGAAUAUCAUAUAACCAAAAGUUAUAGAUAUAUUUGGAGUAAAAUCUUAUAUACCUUUAUAGUUCUUACAAUCUCUAUUGGUACAAUUGCAUAUAUAAAAAUAUUCAGGUUUAAAAAUAAGACACAAGUUGAGAAGAUAAAUUCACCUUUUAGAAAAUUAAAUACGAUAAGGUGUUAA